GCCUUUUAUGCACUGAAGACGGGGGAGUAUUUUUGUUCCAAGGUCAAAUGACAUUUUGUCAGAAACACCCCUAACGCAAAGAAGAAAAUCAGAGUCCUAUCCUGUCCAGAUCGCCGGCGCGCAGGGCAGCCAGGACGACUCCCCUCCUCCGACCCCGGCGCCGUCGUCACUCCAUCCCACUCCGCACAAGGAAAAAUCAGAGGCAGAUCUCGAUCGCCCCUGCCAGACAACACUCUUCGCUCGCGGGGUACCAUGCCUUUCGCAAUCAUCUGAGUAGUAGAAUGGCCUCGAAAGCUAUAAGGAGGAGGCCUGCCGAGAAAGAAAGAGAGAGACAUAUGGAAACAACAAUGCCGGAAUCUGUCACAGCCCCUCUUCUAGGAAAUAGUGCCCAGGGGAAUAAAUCGGAGGGUUAUGAGCCUAUACCAGAUUUCUGGGAUGGAAAAUCACGCGAGUGCCUUCAUUGGGUGCAUAUUGUAUCUACUUUUAUUACUCAGUCUGCAAGAAAGAUAGUAAAUGCUAUUUCGGAGUUUGGUUCGUUUCUAGCAAGGUUCUUUGGUUGCUCCUGUGCUCCCCAAAGUUCACAAAAUGCACAGACAAUGCUAAUUCACCUCAGUCCAUUACAGGAGGAGAGAUUAAAAUUCUUGAGACAAAGAUUAAAUGUGCCAUUUGAUUGUUCCGCUGUCAAGCACCAGGAUGCACUAAAAGAACUUUGGAGAUUGGCUUAUCCUAACCGAGAACUUCCUCCUCUGAAAUCAGAUCUAUGGAAGGAAAUGGGCUGGCAGAACUCUGACCCAGCAACAGAUUUUAGGUCUGGGGGAUUCAUGUCCUUGGAAAAUCUAAUAUAUUUUGCAAGAAAUUACCCAGUAUGUUUCUGUUCAUCAUGGGCACUUACUCUCCUUAUAAAUCCACUGUUAGUUGGUAUUUCAAUCUGGUUAAAUGCUGAAUACCUGCUUAACAUGCAGGAUUCCUUUCAUCGGCUAUUACACAAGGCAGAUGGUGAGAGAGCUGAAUGGGAAUAUCCUUUUGCAGUAGCUGGCGUAAAUAUAUCUUAUAUGUUAGUUCAAAUGCUGGAUUUACAAUCAGAAAAUAGGAGGAGCUCAAAAGCAAGAGUUGGCUUUGCUCAACUACUUGAAGAUGACGAGAUGGCUUUCGAUAACCUUUUCUGCCUAGCUUUUCAGAUGCUCGAUGCUCAGUGGCUUGCAAGGAGAGCUAGUUAUAUGGAAUUCAACGAGGUUCUGAAGUCCACACUAGGCCAGUUAGAGCAAGAGCUUACAAUUGGAGGCGUUUCAAGCGUUCAGAAUCUGCCAUCGUUCAGAAUGUUAAGGAGAUAGCAUUAUUUGCUUUUUACCCGAAAGGGGGAAGGUUGCCAAAUAUGCUGCUAAUUCUUUUAUUGUUGUUCAAGAUGGGCCGCCAUGUAAAGAUUACUGGCCAUUACCUAUUCGGUUCAUAUGCGAUACCUUGAAAAGAUACUUGCUCCUAUAGGUUUUGGCAUCAAGCGCUUUGUAAGUGUUUGUGCAGCAAAAGAUACACAUGCAAGUGUUUGUUACAAAAGUUAUCUGCAGGAGUGUUUUAUUCUGGGAACUUGUAAUAUUUGUAUGAAAUAGAAGAUUAGAACAAAAUAAAAAUAAUAAUCAUAUUUUAAGUUUA